UUAAUUCAUUAGCAAGAAAGCUUUGAUUUUUUUUAUUAUAUAUAUAUAUAUAUAGUAUUGUACACACACAUUGAGAUUUAGUAGUAGUAACUGAAGAAGACUUUGGAUAGAGAAAAGAAGGGAAAAAAGGAAGAGUUUGAGUUAGAGAAGAUGUUGAAAGGAAGCAAUGGUUUGAUAGGGAUAGUGAACUUUGUGACUUUCUUGAUCUCAAUCCCAAUUCUGGGAGGUGGAAUCUGGUUGAGCAGCAGAGCAAACUCAACUGAAUGUCUUAGAUUCCUCCAAUGGCCACUCAUCAUCAUUGGAGUAACAGUCAUGGUCAUUUCCCUCAUGGGAUUUGCAGGAGCAUGCUACAAACUCACCUGGCUCAUGUGGCUCUAUCUCUUCGCCAUGUUCUUCGUCGUCGCAGCAUUACUCGGUUUCAUUGUUUUCGCCUUUGCUGUCACUGACCGAGGCCAUGGUGAGGUCGUUGUUAGCAGAAAAUUCCUGGAGUAUCAACUCAGUGACUACUCAGGAUGGCUCAAAGAAAGAGUUUCUGAUCCUCAGUAUUGGUCUAAGAUUAGUUCUUGUCUUAGAGAUGCCAAAGUUUGCAAAGGGAUGGCUCGGUAUGUUCGAGACCCGGCGACUGGUAUGAUCGUUCAGGAAUCAUCAGACAUGUUCUCUCAGCGCGAUUUAUCUCCAAUUGAGUCAGGCUGCUGCAAGCCUCCAACAUCAUGUGGUUUUGUGUAUCGAAAUGAGACGUACUGGGACCAGAGCAGUACGAUGAUGCUUGGCGAUCCAGACUGCACACGAUGGAGCAACGACCAGCAACAAUUGUGCUACCAGUGUGACUCUUGCAAAGCCGGCGUCCUUGCCAGCAUCCGUCAUAGCUGGAGGAAAGUAUCAGUUAUCAACAUUAUCAUGCUUAUCAUCCUCGUGAUCUUCUACGUUGUCGGCUGUGCAGCAUUCAGAAACAACAGAAGGAUUGAUAACUCUGAGCCGUACAGCGAGAGCAGAAUGACCAAGACAAGGCCCAGCAGGUUUCAGUUUUAGUCGAUACCUGUAUCUUAUGUCGUAGGAUUGUCCGGUAAGGGUAAAAACAUAUAUGUAUCAGAAUUUAAAUGGUUUGAUUCUUAUGUUUUCUAGUGUUUUUGUUUGUGAACCAACUGGUUUCAGCAUGUAAUAUUGCGCACCGAAAUAUAUAUAUCUAUAGAAAAGGAUUGUAUCUUUGAUUA